AUGGAUUUGUACGAAAAAUUCCCUACCAAACUAUGUCACUACUUUCUCAUUCUGCUGGUCUUAAUCCCAACAAUCGUGGCCACCUCGUUAGCCAGCCCUCAAGGUUACAACCUAGGUAUACCUUCAGGACCAAGUUUUGGAAUUGGGAGUCCUGGCUUAGGGUUUAGCUCAGGAGGAUGCGGCUCAGGACAGGUGCUGCAUGUCGACGGCAGGUGUGUCAGUCCACGCAUCAACCGUAAAGUUUACUUAUAUGACGCACCACCAGCACCACCAAUUUCCCACGGUCCUCCGCCUUACAUCCCUGAGCCUACUAUAGACACAAAUAUUGUAUUCAUCCGAACUCCUGAAGGAGGACAAGGACCAGAUCCCAUCGUCGUACCUCCACCACAACAGAAGCACGUCCUGUAUGUCCUGAACAAACAGACACAACAGGGACAAGAGGUAAUUGAAGUGCCAGCACCACCAGCAACCAGUCCUGAAGUUUACUUCGUGAACUAUGCUGACGGCGAGAACCCAGUUCUUCCCAGCGGUGUUGAUCUCCAGAGUGCCUUGAAUGCAGCUUCCCAGGGAGGCGGACAAGUGAUUGGUGGCGGCGGAGGUGUCGGCGGUGGUUUCGGAGUCGGUGGAGGUGUCGGCGGUGGUUUUGGAGGCGGAAUUGGCGAUGGGUUCGGUGGUGGCGUUAUUAGCGGAGGAAGUGGAAGUGGCGGUGGAUUUAUCACAGGAGGUGGUUUCGGUGGAGGUUCCACUCCAUCAAAUCUUUACAGUACACCUUAG